UCUGGCAGCCCGAGCUGGUGAAGAUCUAGAACCUCUGUGUUUAAAGGGCAUCCAAAAAAGGACCGCUAAUAGGUUAGGUGUCAAACAUUGCAGAGUGCUUCUCCUGAAUGACAUGGAGCGACAAGAGCGCACGUUGUUCCGCUUGGAGCAAGGCUAUGAACUUCAGUUUCGUUUGGGGCCAACCCUACAGGGAAUGAAUGUGCAUGUCUAUACUAACUACCCAGCACCAGGCAAGACGUUCAGCAGCUCCAGCUUCCGUCUACUGGAGUGGAUUAACCCCAGUGGAAGAGAAGAUGACUCGGACAAGUAUUGCACACUGGACAUGAAGAUAGCAGGGUCUUAUCAAUAUUACUUUGGCUGUGGAAAUGCAGAAAGGACUGGUGGUGGCUACAUUGUGGUGGAUCCGGUGUUGCAAGUUGGCCAGGAGAGGAAAAUCCUGCCUCUGGAUUGCAUCACAAUUCAGACUUACCUGGCCAAGUGUCUGGGCCCGCUGGACGAAUGGCUGGAUAGGCUUAGAGUUGCCAAGGAAACUGGUUACAAUAUGAUCCACCUCACGCCACUUCAGAAACUCGGCAUAUCACGAUCAUGCUACUCCAUAGCCGAUCAGCUAGAACUGAACCCGGAUUUCUCUCCGCCUGGCAAAAACUACACCUGGACAGAUGUUGGAAACCUGACAGAGAAACUUAAGAAAGAGUGGAACAUGAUUUGCAUCACAGACGUUGUGUACAACCACACAGCUGUUAACAGCAAGUGGAUCAGACUUCAUCCGGAGUGCGGUUAUAACCUAGUUAACUCUCCUCAUCUGAAACCAGCCUGGUUGCUGGACAGAGCCCUGUGGCACUUCAGCUGUGCUAUAGCAGAAGAAAAAUACAGCAACAGCGGCCUUCCAGCUCUUAUUGAGAAUGAGAAACACAUUACUAUGCUUCAAGGGCUCCUGUGGAAGGAGGUUUUCACCCAGCUGAAACUAUGGGAGCUUUUACAGGUGAACGUUGAGAAAACUGUGGAGCAGUUUCGGAAGCUCCUUCAGUCUGGGGACAAACCUGUGGGACCCGAGUUGGAAACAAAAAACAAAUUAAAGAUUAUACAAGAUUCAGAAUACAGACGCUUGUGCAGCACCAUAGACAUGCAACUCGCCCUGGAUAUUUUUGGCAGACACACUAAUGGCCCUUUAUCCAUCCAAGAGAGCUGUGAUUGGUUAAAAAAAAGUCUAGAAGAACUAAAUGUGGAAUGCUAUAAGGAAAUGCAUGGCCAUCAUAAGCAGGCUUUAAAUUGUAUUGUAGAAACGGUUCGCUAUGAAAGGCUUUCCACCCAUGGUCCGAAACUUGGACCCAUCACCCGAAUUAAUCCUUUGGUGACAAGAUAUUUUACCUUCCCAUUUGAAGACAUGUCUAUGGAUGAGGAAAAACAACUACUGCAGAAUCCAAAUGAUGCUUGUCAUUUGAUCGCUCAAAACGGAUGGGUCGUGGGAGACGACCCCCUUAGAAACUUUGCAGAGCCAGGGUCUAAUGUGUAUCUCAGAAGAGAACUUGUUUGCUGGGGUGACAGUGUUAAACUUCGCUAUGGUGACAAACCCGAGGACUGUCCGUACUUGUGGGCUCACAUGAAGAAGUACACGGAGAUCACAGCCAAGCAUUUCUCUGGUGUGCGUCUGGAUAACUGCCACUCCACACCCAUUCAUGUGGCUGAGUAUAUGUUGGCCGUAGCUCGUGAACACAGGCCUGAUCUAUACGUUGUGGCUGAGCUCUUUACGGGUAGCGAGGAACUGGACAAUGUCUUUGUCACUAAGCUCGGCAUUACCUCCCUUAUCCGAGAGGCCAUGAGUGCAGGUGACAGCCGUGAGGAGGGGCGACUGGUGGAUCGGUUCGGAGGUCAACCUGUAGGCUCUUUCAUACAGCCAAACCUAAGACCUUUAGUGCCAACCAUCGCUCAUGCCAUGCUUCUGGAUGUGACCCAUGACAAUAAAUGCCCCAUUCAGGUUCGUUCGGUGUAUGAUGCUUUACCCACUUCUGCUAUCGUCUCUAUGGCCUGUUGUGCCACAGGCAGCACUAGAGGAUACGAUGAGCUCAUUCCUCAUCAGAUUUCAGUAGUAAAAGAGGAGCGUCUGUACUCCAAAUGGAACCCCAGUGCACUGCCCUCUUCUGUUGGUGAAGUGAACCUGCAAACUGGCAUAAUGGCAGGAAAACUGGCACUCAACAAACUCCACCAAGAGCUGGCAGAGAAGAGCUUUACUCAGGUUUAUGUCGAUCAACUAGAUGAAGACACAGUGGCUAUAACCAGGCACUGCCCCAGCACACAUCAGUCUGUUGUGACAGUGGCUCGUACGGCAUUUAAAAACCCUGACACACACCAGUACAAAAAACAUCUGGCACCAAUGUAUAUUCCAGGUAAAAUCCAUGAGGUGAUUUUAGAGGCGAGAAUGGUGGAGAGAAACGCUGAGUCAUUUGUGCAAGAUGAGAAGUUCAUUAAUGGCAUGCAGAAGUGCACGGUUGAAAUCCGUGAACACAUAAAGGUAAAGGACAGUGAAAUAGUUAAACGUGGAAACGCGACCACAAAGGGCCGCAACGAGUUUGUUGAAGAGAUUUUGUUUGAAAAGCUCACCCCCGGUAGUGUUAUAGCAUUCAGGGUGAGUCUUGAUCCAAAUUCUCAGAACAUGGUCGGCUUUCUGCGAACUCAACUGUCACAAUUUAACCGGACCUACAAGCAUGGCAGUCUCACUGACUGUAAUGUUCCUGAGAUCCUCAAGAUACCAUUAGGAUUAUUAAUGUCCAAACUGACUUUGACCGAUCUGAACGUGGUGUUGUUUCGCUGUGAGGCUGAGGAACAGGAAGAUGGAAGUGGCUGCUAUAAUAUUCCAUCCUGGAAGCCUUUAAAGUACGGAGGCUUACAAGGUUUUAUGUCUGUAUUGUCUGAGAUUCGCCCCAAAAAUGACCUCGGACAUCCGUUCUGUGAAAAUCUCAGACAAGGGGAUUGGAUGAUCGAUUAUGUGAGCGCUCGCUUGAUUAAUAAAGGUGGAGCCUUGCUCGAGGUGGGAAAGUGGUUCAGUGCCAUAUUUACGUAUCUCAAACAUAUUCCACGCUAUCUUGUGCCACGUUACUUUGAUGCCAUCAUCCUUGGCGCCUAUGCCACAGCUGUAGAUGCUGCACUCAAACAAAUGUCCAGCUUUGUUCAGAACGGCUCGACCCUGGUCAAGCAGUUGGCACUGGGAUCGGUUCAGAUGUGUGGGGUGGGUCGCGUGCCAGCCCUGCCCCCCCUUUCCCUUACACUGAAAGACGUCCCGGUUCGCAUCAAUCCUGAGACUAAUCAAGAGGAGCAGUGUUGUGUUUCCAUUGCCGCAGGUCUUCCUCAUUUCUCCACCGGAAUCUUCCGCUGCUGGGGCCGAGACACUUUUAUAGCUCUGCGUGGUCUCAUGCUUUUAACAGGGAGAUAUGUUGAGGCCAGAAAUAUCAUCUUGGCAUUUGCUGGCACAAUGCGCCACGGUCUGAUCCCCAACCUGCUUGGUCAGGGUGUGUCAGCGCGGUACAAUUGCCGUGAUGCAGUUUGGUGGUGGCUUCAGUGUAUCCAGGAUUAUUGUGACAUCGUGCCAGAUGGUAGAGAUAUCCUAAUGUGCCAUGUAUCUCGUAUGUAUCCCACAGAUGAUUGUGAGCCACAGCCACCUGGGACAGUGGACCAUGAGCAGCCAUUAUAUAAGGUCAUUCAAGAAACCAUGCAGCGUCAUGUGCAAGGAAUAAACUUCAGAGAGAGAAACGCAGGGCCGCAGAUUGACCAAACCAUGCAAGAUGAAGGUUUUAAUGUACAAGCCAAAGUAAAUCUUGAGACAGGUUUUGUUUACGGUGGAAAUGGCUUCAACUGCGGGACAUGGAUGGACAAAAUGGGAAAAAGUGUCAGAGCCCAUAAUAAAGGUGUUCCAGCCACACCCAGGGAUGGCUCCGCCGUUGAGAUUGUUGGUCUUUGUAAGUCAGCGGUGCGCUGGCUGAUGACAAUGAACGAGAAGGGACAUUUCCCUUACUCCUCCGUCACCAUACACAGAGAUGGUGAAGAACACUCCAUGUCCUAUAAAGAGUGGAAUCAAAAAAUCCUUGAGAAUUUUGAAAAGAUGUUCUACGUGUCAGAUGACCCUGCAGACCCGAAUGAACGUAACCCCGACCUGGUCCACAAAAGAUGCAUUUACAAGGACAGUUACGGGGCAUCCCACCCCUGGUGUGACUACCAGCUCAGACCCAACUACACCAUCGCCAUGGUGGUGGCACCAGAGUUGUUUACGGUGGAUAAUGCUUGGGCAGCUUUGGAGAUUGCAGAAAAGAAGCUGUUGGGCCCUUUGGGAAUGAAAACACUAGACCCAGAUGAUAUGGUGUACUGUGGUGUCUAUGACUGUACUGUGGAUAAUGACAACUACUGCUGUGCAAAAGGAUUCAAUUAUCACCAAGGACCUGAAUGGCUUUGGCUGGUCGGAUAUUUCUUACGAGCUAAACUUUAUUUUGCUAAAAAAAUGGGUCAAGAAACAUACAACAAAACCAAGUACUUGGUGAAGAACGUUCUGUCGAGACUUCACGCCCAUUUAGAAAGAUCCCCUUGGAAAGGUUUACCAGAGCUAACCAAUGAGAAUGGACGGUACUGCCCUUUCAGCUGUGAAACGCAGGCAUGGUCCAUUGCCACCGUUCUGGAUGCCCUGUAUGAUCUGUGACGGUCAAAGAAAGUUCCUGAAGAUCUCAUGAGCUUGUCCAGAAUACAUUCACAAUCUCCUCUGUUUUAUAAAAACUAAGGCCGCUGUUCUUGCAUAAACAUAUUGUAGAAACGUUUUCCAUGCUUUACUUUGUUGUGCAAACGUUGUAGUUUGUAUUUUGGCCAAAGUGUUUUUCAGGGGUGUUUGUUUGUUAGCUGUUAUAGCGUGUCCAUCAAGCACAAGAAUAUAUCCUUGACAUGCCAACUAUUUUAAUCUUCAUUCUGUAUCAUCAAAAGUCAUUGGAAACUCUGAAAGAUCUAUUAAAAGCAUGUUACUUACA